GAGUCGGCGCUUGGGGUUUCGCUGGGAGGCUCGGUGACGGACAUGGCGGUGGUGAUAGCGACGACCUCAAUUGAGUUGAUAAUUGGGUUUUUGGUGGUGCUGUGGGGGAGAUCGUCUGAUAAGACUAGUUGGGUGGUGAAGCAGCUGGCUCUGAGCUCCAGCGGUCCAGCCUCCAGUUCUUCGGCAGCUCGGCCCUUGAGGCAUGAUCAGUUGCUGCCUUGCUGGGUUAUUCACUCCAGUCACUCCACCGAAUCUUGGAUGUUAAAGAGGAACUGUGUGAAUCAGAGGGCCACAAAUGAAAGCUUGAAGAGAAUAAAGGGUGAUUGGAACACUGCAUUGUAUUCUAAGCGGAUCAAAAGUGAAACGAAACUGAAAAGCAUUGGAGUUUCAAGCUCUUUUAAGAUGUUUAAUUUUUCCAUGGAUUCAUUCCUUCAAGCAAUGGGAGGGAACAUAGGAAGUGCAGAUAGAGAUCGAGGAUUUGAGAGGGAACUUGAAGCAAUGGGAGAUAUAAAGCACCGGAACAUCGUGACUCUUAAUGGUAUGCAUAUAUUAAUGUAG